AUGUCCUUCAAUGCAGUUGCGGGCUAUCUCGGCGACCUUGCCCGCGGCAAGCGUGAGGGUGACGGCGAGCCGGCCAAGUCUGACUGGGAAGACUUGCAGGCCGCCGUCUUGGCCGGUGACACAAAGGCCCUGCAGGUGGCCGACGCAGUGAUGGCGCAGGCCAAGAGCCGCACUGACGCCGAGCGCAUGGAGGCGUUGGGACGCCUCCUGCAGGAGGAGUCCGUGGAGGACUGGCGGAGCCUGCAGCUUGGCGCUCCGCGUGCAGCCAUGCCUGCCUCUGACAGCGUCUCAUCCAGGGACCCCAGGAACCUCAGGGACCCCAGCAACGCCAGGCGCCCCAGAAACCUCAAAACUUUCAGAGACCCCUGA